CUGCAGCGUUGCCCGGGAGGAGGCCGGACGCGGGGAGGAGUCCAGCUCUACGACACUCCGUAUGAAGACGAGCGAGGCCAACGUCUGGGUUACGUGUACGGAGAAAUUGUGGACGAGGCCAAGGAGAGCAGCCGGCUGCCGCAAGACGACGAGAGACCGGCCGACGAGUACGACCAACCCUGGGAAUGGAAGAAGGAUCACAUCUCCAAAGCUUUUGCUGAAAUAAGGGAGUUGUCGGAGUUGCCCUGGCCUGCCCCAGUGGGACAGCUAGAAGAGGAGCCUCUGGGCAGAGGGCAAGUCCAGUUCGACGGCUUAGAGUGGGAUCACUCGACUUCGCCCGCCGAGCGCCUGCGUCCUCCCGGGCCCAGACUAAGCCCGCUGGCGGGAGGAGGGAUGAAGUUCCGAGUGCUGCACGACGGCCCCGGCGUGGUCGGGGAGAGAGUGGACCCCGCCCUCCCUCUGGAGAAGCAGAUAUGGUACCAUGGUUCCCUUUCCCGAUCAGAGGCGGAAUCGCUGCUCACCUUGUGUAAGGAGUGUAGCUACCUGGUGAGGAACAGUCAGACAAACCGCUCCGAGUACUCCCUGUCUUUACGGAGCUGCCAGGGUUUCAUGCACAUAAAAUUUGCGCUUUCUAAAGAUGGCAAGUACGUGCUCGGACAGAACAGCCCCCCCUUUGACACCAUCCCAGAAGUCAUCCACUUUUACACCACGCACAAACUCCCAAUCCGGGGUGCCGAACACCUGUCCCUGCUGUACCCCGUGCAGGUGCAGACACUCUGA